CUGGGAUCAUGACCUGAGCCGAAGGCAGACACUUAACUGACUGAGCCACCCAGGCGCCCCUUUGCAUCCCUAUCUUUAUCAUGUUGUCUGUGUCUGGGGUGGUUCCAGCCUCUUUUUCUUCCAGGCUCCCUCUCUUUUGGUUUGCCUCCUCUCUCUCCUCUUUCUCCCUCUUCUCCUUCCCCUCCCCAAGUGUAUCUCUAUCUCUACAUCUAGAUCUAGCUGUGCUCUCUUUAUCUCCCUGGCCCCUGAUCUGUCUAGCUCUGUCUUGAUUUUCUCAGUCUCACUCUGGCUGUCUUGUCCUUUCAUCUCUGUCUCUUCUAUCUCUCUCCAUCCCUUGCCUGGCCUCUCUAAUCUCUCUCUGUCUCUUUCCCUCAGUCUCCCUGUCUGUCUGUCUGCUUUCCCCAUCUGUCUCUGUCCAUGCACCAUGGCUGCCCAGAGCCCCUGCCCUGAGCCUCUUUUCUCCUUGCAGCCUGACCACCACGAUGACCAGGUGGGCUCUGCUGGUGCUAAUGGUCCUGACAUUGGGCAGGGCCCUGCUUGUCCCUGCGACCCCUCUCCCAGUUUCCCAGCUCCUCCCUCAGAACCCUCCCCAGGCCACUCCCCGCUCCGUGGCCUCGGACAGCACCUCAGCCAGCACCACAGGCCCGUCCACUGCUUGGGGCCACCCCAGCCCCGGCCCCCGCCCGGGCCCCUGCAUCAUCCUCUCGCUGGAUGUCCCCAUUGGCCUCCUGCGGAUCUUACUGGAGCAAGCCCGGGCCAGAGCUGCGAGGGAGCAGGCCGCCACCAACGCUCGCAUCCUGGCGCACGUUGGCCGCCGCUGAGCCGGAGGGUGGGGGUCACAAUGAUGGGACCACCCCGGAUCAGGAGACCUGGAAGGCGGUGGCAGAGCAGGACGGGCUACAUCUGGGCAUGGUGCGCCUGGCCACCACCCUGUGGGGUCACUGCCAGAUGGUGUCAUAUCACAGCUGAGUGCCUCUCAGAGCCACGGUGUGUCUGGAUAGCCUGGACGUUGCCAGACUGGGGGGCUGCCAAACGGAGUCUUGCCACGCCUGGAGCCCCGCAGACUUCCAA